AUGCCGAAACCGACGAUGGACGCGUCCUGGGAAGUCGAGGUCUCUGAGAAGACCGGUCGGCCCAUUCGCUGGAACGGACAGAACUUCCAGUACUACAAGAAGCUCACGGAGAUCGCUGCACGAAAGAAGAGCUUAGAGCUGUUCAAGUCCGUGUGCACGGACAUGGUCCAGGAGCUCAUGGCGUUGAAGGAUGGCUCGGCCAUGUGGAAGUACCUGUGUGACCGGUACGAGGGCACGGCCAACGAGCAGACCAAAGCCAUGCCGAAGCGGCAGCUGUACGACCAGCUGGAGUCGGCGAAGUACAAGCGGAAUGGCAGCAUUAAGGGGCAUCCCAACUACAUGUGCCGGCUAAAAGGGAGACUCAAGACGGUCGGGAUGACCUUGGACGACGCCGUAUUCAGGGGGAUGCUGUCGUCGUCGCUUCCCUCCAACGAGCGAUUUGAUCGCUUACGAGGUUUUGUUGAUGCGGGAAUGGACUACGUGAACACGCCAGAAAAGGUGGUGGCACUGACCAUCACGUUCGACAAGGCGAACCAGGCAAAGCCUCAGGUGGCAACGAGCAUGGACGGUCGAAAGGGCACGGAAAGGCGCGUGCGUGUUUUGUGUGCGGCAGCGCAGGCGGCCUGCCCGGAGAAGACGAUCAAGCAGGGUGGCGGUGGCAACAACGAGCAGAAGCUCUAG